GGCCCCCCGAAAAGUGGCCCAGAUAUUCUGAUGAUCCGUUUCCAUGUCCCAACACUUCUUGGCAAUGAUUUUAUCAUGACCCACCAUGCAAAGAAAGGAAGGAAACAGAGCUUGGGUCUCAGAAAGGAGAAAGGAAGGAGUGAGGCAGGUUUGGUGUAACUAGCAGGGGAAUUUCAACAGAGAAGCCCAGAUUGUACUGGCCAAAACAAAAAUGAGUAGGACUGGUGGCGAGGACAAGGGAGGAAGUAGCUAAAGUUGGGCAACUGGGGAAUUUCUUAUUCUUUUAGUCUAGUAUAAAAAGAGAACCAAAAGCAGGAUACCUCCUACUUGAAGCCUGACUGCCCAUCAGAAAGAAUUACUCUUUCAGUGGGUUGGACUUCUUCCACUGGAGGGAGAAUUGAAGGCUGGGAGACUUGGCUUCCAUCAUGUGGAACACCAACCUCAACACCAACUUCUCCUGCUACCAUGAGUCUGUGCUGGGCUAUCGUUACGUUGCAGUUAGCUGGGGGGUGGUGGUGGCUGUGACAGGCACCAUAGGCAACGUGCUCACCCUGCUGGCCUUGGCCAUCCAGCCCAAGCUCCGUACCCGCUUCAACCUACUCAUUGCCAACCUCACAGUGGCCGAUCUGCUAUACUGCACCCUUCUCCAGCCCUUCUCUGUGGACACCUACCUCCACCUAUACUGGCGCACUGGUGCUACCUUCUGCAGGGUCUUUGGGCUCCUCCUCUUUGCAUCCAACUCUGUCUCCAUCCUCACCCUCUGUCUUAUCGCCCUGGGACGCUACCUCCUCAUUGCUCAUCCCAAGCUCUUUCCUCAAGUUUUCAGUGCCAAGGGAAUAGUGCUGGCACUGGUGGGUACAUGGGUGCUGGCUGUGGCCAGCUUCGCCCCUCUCUGGCCUAUCUAUAUCUUGGUGCCCGUAGUCUGCACCUGCAGCUUUGACCGAAUCCAAGGCCGGCCCUACACCACCAUCCUCAUGGGCAUCUACUUUGUGCUUGGGCUCAGCAGUGUCAGCAUCUUCUAUUGCCUCAUCCACCGCCAGGUGAAGCGAACAGCACGGGCACUGGAUCAGUACAAGCUGCACCAAGCAAGCAUCCACUCCAACCACGUGGCUGGGACAAAUGAGUCCAUACCUGGUCAUUUCCAGGAGCUGGACAGCAGCAGGUUGGCAUCCGGAGAGACCAGCGAGGGGAUUUCAUCUGAGCCAGUCAGUACUGCUACCACCCAGACCCCGGAAAGGGACUCAUCAGAAGUGGGGGACCAGCACAGCAAUAAGGUAGCUAAGCAGAUGACAGAGAAACACCUUCCAGAAGCACCUGCCAGAACCGGGGCAACUAAAGCAGGCCAAAGGGCUCAGGAGUCUCCAUCAGAGUUUAGGAAGGUGACUCGGAUGUGUUUUGCUGUGUUCCUUUGCUUUGCUCUGAGCUACAUCCCCUUCUUGCUGCUCAAUAUACUGGAUGCCAAGGUCCAGGCUCCCCGGGUUGUCCACAUGCUUGCUGCCAACUUCACCUGGCUCAAUGGUUGCAUCAAUCCUGUGCUCUAUGCAGCCAUGAACCGCCAGUUCCGCCAAGCCUAUGGCUCCCUCCUAAAACGAGGACCCCAGAGUUUCCGUAGGCUCCACUAGAACUAUGUCCCCAGUCACCAGAAUCCAGGACUGUCCCUUCCGGAACUAAAGUAACCAGCUGGUAUGGAAGUAGAUGAGAGAAAGACUUGUGGAUAUUUUCACAGACAACCUUCCUCCACCCUCAAACAAGACCUCUCUAUCCCUGAUCAAUGUUUCAGACCUAGGCUGCCCAAGGUACAUUAUUAAUUAUUAAUAAAUGAAUUCUAUCCCUUUAAGGAUCAGCUAUGGUCUUUGAAGAAGGAAAUAGGCCAGAGUUGAUGUACAGUCGGAACAUAAUAGUUGAAGGUUCUGGGAGACCUAGGUCAGAACAGAGGCAAGAGGAAGCAGUCUAUCAGGGACAUAACCUUCUGCUGGGGGGCUUCCAGCUAUAAAACAUUUGAGUUGGUUUAAGAGGAGCGACCUCUUUUCUUUGUUGAAUUUCCCAGAAAUGUCCCCUGCCCCUGACUACUUCUGCCAGGAUCUUCCAUUCCCACAAACAGAUUUAUUCAGCUCAAAAAAGUUUUGUAAUCCAGCUUUGAUAACCACUCCAGUGAGCCAUCCAGCUCCCUGGCCUUUGCCCUAUCUUAAGAGAAUUGCCACGGAGGAGGACUCCUUGCUCUGCGUAAACUGAACUGAGCUUAACUGAGGCAAUGGUAGACAGGGGUUCCAGCUGCCCUCAAAGAGUCACACUGGUCAGAGGUAACACACCUAGGUCCUGGUCCCUCACUUCCUCCAGAUUUGCUUUUGUCAUCCGGGCUUAUGAGAACAAAACAGAGAUUCUAGUUAAGAGGGUUAAGGGGCCAGGCUGAGGGGAGAUCAUACCAUUCCCCUCUUCCAGCAUGACGAACAGCCUAUCAUCCAUGUGCUUGUAUACACAGGAUAAAGUACCUGUGGCCACCAGGUGACGCUGGUUCUCUGUGUUUCCUUUCUGGCUUUCUUGUUGAGGACAGAAGGUGUCAAAGGGGCUGGGAGUCCGGAGACCACCCCUUUCCCUGCCAGCGAGCAGGGGUGGAGAUCCAGGGGUCUGCACCUCUCCCUUUUCACCAAAGCUUAAGAAGAAAAGUGAAAAAGUAGACAUAUAUUAUUCAUGGGAUACUUAUUUUCUACUUGGUUGAGGUGGGAGGAGCAGGGUGGACACUGUGCUGGUACUGAGGAUGGAAUGUGAGUCAUGUUUACAGUAAUGCUGCUCUGUCUGCAAGCUGUCCUCUCCCUCCUCCCAAGUCCAUGGUUUACGAGAACAUAGUGAAGAGCAGAGAGAUUAGACAAAGAAGGGCAGAAACAAUCAUAGUUCGGGUUGGACAGAUCAAUAUCUUCACGUUCAACAUAUUUUCAGGACCCAGGAAUCCUGCCUCCUAAUCUGGAACAUGUGCUUCUGAGUGUCCUCCUUCCACAAAAUUGCAGCAGCCUAAACUGAGUCAAGUUCAGGCAACUGAGGCAUGGGGCCACCCACGUGAACAGCCGGACCAAUAAAGAGCAGCAAGACCAAUAAAAAACAUCAGCCUGGGAGUAUACAGACCAGGGGUCCAGUCAAGGCUCUCUGAUCAUUAGCUCUGUGAACUUGAGCAGUACCCCAGACCAUUCUUGGCCUCAGGUUAUAUCAUGUGUACAAAGAUGGGGACCAGGUACAUUCUUCCUUGUGUCUAGGGCUGUCCUAAAUGCUGUAAAUAUAUUAUUUCAUGUAAUCCUCACAAAAUUUACCAUGAGAUAGCUAUUGUAAUCUUUCUUACACAUGAGAAAGUUGAAGCGCAAAUAGGUUAAACAGUUUGUACAAAGCUGAAAGGUAAGUAGUGUGACCAUGAUUUGAGGGCAGAGAGUCUGACUUCAGCCCAUAUGUCUAACCACUACAGGACAGUUGCUUUUCUAAAACUAGGAUCAAUUGACCAGAUGAUCCCUAAAACUCCUUCCUCCUCAGAUCUUCUAAGAAAAUUGACAAUUCUCUGAAGGGUUGUAAUAGAGUUCACUUUUCAUAAUCCUUAAAAGAAAUUUAAAAGCUUUGGCAAGCAGAGGAGCAGCAGUAAGGAUUGAGGUUAGAUCUCAGGAAGGACUUCCCAAUCGUUGGAAAAAAUGACUCA